AUGGACGCGGUUUGUUUAAUCGGAAUUAACCGACCCGAAAAGCGCAACGCGAUCGACUACGAAACGUCGAGGCUUUUGCUGAAAGCCUUCGAAGCGUUUCAUAAAGACGACUCGCUCCAUGUUGCAGUGCUUUACGGCAAAGGGUCGCUUCAGAAAUUAGCGAUUACCCGAUCGAAACUCAAGAGUUUAAAGACUACUUCGAAAAUACUUGGAUUGGCCGUCCAGAUCGACUUCUGGCACGAAGGCAACCGCGCUUCGCUCUGA